AAUUAAAAAAACAAAAAAACAGAAGAAGAAGAAGAAGAAGCGCGUCAAAUUUUGUACACAGGGCCACUCGAACGAUAGUUCCCAUUAUUGGAAACUUAAAGUACAAGGUCUGAAAGAAGCGUCGCGAAAAUGCCGCUCACGAUUACGGUCAUAACGGUGAACGGAUCUAAAUUUGAGCUUGAAGUGGAGAGCGAUGAUACUGUUGAGAGUUUAAAGCUUCGAAUAAAGGAGAAAGACGGAACUCCCCCCGAUCAACAGAGAAUUAUUUAUGGAGGCAGGGAGCUGAAGGAUGGUCACUGUCUCAGUGACUAUAAUAUCCAACACAGGUCCAUUGUAAAUGUAACUCUAAGACUGAGAGGAGGAUGGCUACCUGAGGAAGGUGAUAAAACCCGGAGCAGGGAAGAGCUGUCUAACUUUUAAGUAAUUUUAACAACACAGCAGAACAACAUCUCAGUGACACCAAGGGCCAGGUUGCUCAAGCGCCACUGAGGAGUAAUUUUAGCAUGACAAGGAAUCCUCAACCAAAAGCACAGAAGAAGUCCUCCAAUGAGUCUGUGAGGAAACGUCUGCUCAGUGGUGACGGGAGAAAAGUUUUUAAGACGGAGACCUGAGAGAAUGUGUUGUACUCAUCCCCCUGCACUGAAGAUGACAACUACUGCUGUGUACUGUGUAUUUGUAUUAACUGAUAUAACAGGUUAUUUGCUUGACCAGUUUCUCUGAAUUAUAAUGACCUCUGGAUCACCUGGAACUGUGACAGCGGUCACUACCUUUGGUCUCCAGUUCCUUAGACUGAAAGGAGUUAAUAACAAGCUGGACUUUGGGCUGCCAGUCUUGACUGGACUGUUGAAUUUUGGAUGGAUACCAAAGAAUCAGCGAAAUUUCAAACAUUUGUUUGUGGAUGAGUUCAACAGAUGUGUAUUAAGGUAACAAAAACAAGGCAACACAUCAGAUGAAUAUUGACCAGCACACAUCAGUGAAUUUAUUCUGUUUGACUUAUAUGUGAAGCUACAUUUCCUCCUGGAUCUUUUGAUUUGUUUUUGUAUUCAACAUAUGUCUAACAUUUCAAAUAAACUUCUUUCUCUUCUGGAGUCAGAGAGGAAACAAAUUAUAUUCAUAUCAGUAAUAAAAAACACUGAAGCCUGGUUAAUAUAACUCUUCAUCACGACCACUUUGGCUUCUGGAAUUACAGUUAUCUUACUAUAGCACAUUUAUUAUUUAGCACUUUAUAGUUUGUUUGUUUUUUCAACAGAUGCAGAGUGGGACAUUCACUCAACUUAACAGUUUGUUCUAACGAACCUGCAAAUUUACCCUUUUUAUUAUUUUCAAAAGUCUUCGAUCAUAUGUAAAAUGGAAAUAAAAAGAAAAUGCAUUGUUGAAAAAAAUCGAUGAAAACGUGUAAUGUUUAGAAGCUUAAUUAGAUUUAUUAGCUAAAAAACUUUUCAGAAAGAAAACCAGAGGGAAAUAUAAUAUUUGAUUUUCUGAAAAAAUGAGAUUGUACAGCUGAAUGAACUGACCUUAUUUUGUGUUCCAGGUUUACUCUCAGCAGUGAGAUAUUCUUUUUUAGGUUCAGUAUUUAUUCAUUUUCCAUAACAUGACGCCCCAAGUGAAUGCCCUUUGUUAAAAUAUCCCUUUAUAUUUCUGAUCUUCUCUUCCAUUCUUUCAGAGCCAGUUUAAAAUUCACUCAGGGACACUGCUGAGAGUAGUAUGGAAGUAGGUUAUAUAAAGCGUUCUGAUGAUGCAUUCGCUUUAUCAGUCAUGACACACUUCUCUCUGUCUGGUCCUGUAUUUGCGUGGUGUUGGAUCGAUAUCAGAUUUUUCAGUGGCACACACUCCAGCCUACAUGAGUGUGUCCAGCUGCAGAGCAGGAGGAGCAGGGCAAAGUGGUUCCAGGACAUGUCUGCUGUUUGUUGAAACUGAAGUAACACACUGGACUCAGAGGAGCAAAGCAAACUGAAGUAUCAAUAAUUUCGAUAAUGAUCAUGGUGAGCACACAUGUGGACGCUCAUGCAGUCCAGCUGUGUGUGCGAUUCAUGCAAUUUUUCAAAACCACAAUGUUGCUGUUAUCAUUAGAUUAGUGAGAUAUUAUCGGAUGAACUGUGCUCGCGGUGCUCUACAGUUUCAGUGCAAACAGGUUAAUAAACUGUUUUUACUGUCGGCUGAGGAACAGUGAUGUUAGCAUGUCCUGAUAAAUGAUGGCAGCUGAUGCUAUUUAUGAUUUUCUCCAGGAACUGGCAGAGUAUGUGAAAGUGACCCAGAAAGACUUGGAGCAAGAUGGCUUUUCCAAUAACCCGUUGUUUCAUGGGAUCAUCGCUGAGGUGCCAGAACAGCACAAAACCAAAGAAGGGCACACAAAGAUCGGCUAUGCACUUUACUUCUAUUCCUACAGCUCCUGGUCAGGCAGAGCCAUUUAUAUGGAGGACCUGUAUGUGAUGCCUGAGUUCAGAGGGAAAGGUGUCGGUAAAGCACUAAUGAGCAAGGUGGCACAGCUGGCUCUGGCUGCUGGUUGCCACCAGCUCAACUUCACCGUCCUGGACUGGAACAAACCAUCGAUGGACUUUUACCUCAGCCAGGGCAGCUUCGAUAUCACUGCUUCCAUGGGCUACCACUGCAUGCGCUGCGAGGGGGAGGCGCUGGAGCACCUGGCUCAACUUUAAC